AUGAGAAAGGAAAGACGUCCAUCGCCCUUCCUCCCCUUCCAGAACGCUUCUGCCAGACGCCAGCACGAGUAUGCACCCUCCAGCUCGAGUAUACCAAGACGCAUUGAUUUUCCAAGGCAGCGUCAUCGUGAAGGGUUUGCUCAUCACAGAGAUUCAAUUAUGUCGAGAGACUAUUACACGAGCGGCCGCUCGAAUGACGAACAGCUUCUCCCUCCAGUGGAGGAUCUCCCAUUUGACACUUUCGGUGAAGACCAGGGGUUUGAUGGAUUGCAGUCUCUCUCGGCCGUCGACAAUCAUCUUUCUGCAACGGACGGUUUGAACGCCUUUCUGACGCCGGCAAAGAACUUGAAUUCUCGUUUCUUGGAAGAUUCACGUGAACCUAGUUCAUCGGACUCAGGAUUUCAAUCAAGCCCAUUGAAUCGGUUUGGGCCACAUACAAGGGCUGAAAUAUCUUCAGCGACGAGUUCAUUUGCCAAAAAUAGUCGGCACUUCCUAUCUACUGCAGACGUAGAGUCAGUCCAGUUAAUGAGCGAACGGACUGGAGAUAAAGAUAAUCGUAUAGCUGCCGUGUCUCCUCGUUUGCCUCGUCAAAUCUCCCUAAGUCAUGCUCCGCCUGUGGUCCAAGGAAUACCUUUGAUCUCCACGCAUGAACUUCCGGAUCGCUUCCGGUCUCUUUUCUCUUUUCCCGUUUUCAAUGUCAUCCAGUCGAAAUGCUUCCAGCAUGUCUAUCAAAACGAUUACAAUGUCGUAAUCUCAGCACCAACAGGCAGCGGCAAGACUGUUGUGAUGGAACUGGCGAUUUGCCGCCUAGUGAAUAACUUGAAAGACGGACUCUUCAAGGUGGUUUAUCAGGCUCCGACCAGGUCUCUUUGUACGGAGCGGUUCCGCGACUGGACAGCAAAGUUGACCUCCUUGGGUCUCCAGUGCGCUGAAUUGACGGGUGACACUGACUACUCACAGCUCAGGUCCAUCCAAAGUGCGAGCAUUAUCAUUACAACGCCGGAAAAAUGGGAUAGCAUGACAAGAAAGUGGAGAGAUCAUGCAAGACUGAUGCAGCUGGUCAAACUCUUCCUCAUCGACGAGGUCCACGUACUGAAUGAAGGCCGCGGAGCAGUACUUGAAGCCGUGGUUUCCCGUAUGAAAUCAGUCGGGUCUAAUGUGCGUUUCAUUGCUCUCAGUGCUACAAUACCCAAUUCAGAAGAUAUCGCUACCUGGCUUGGCAAGGAUGCCACACUUCAGCAUCUCCCCGCUCAUAGGGAGCUGUUUGGCGAGGAGUUUCGUCCGGUGAAACUUCAAAAGUUUGUUUACGGAUAUCAGUCGAACGGAAACAACUUUGCAUUCGACAGAGUCUGCGGGACAAAGCUUCCUGAGAUUAUCGCCAAGCAUUCUAAUAGGAAGCCAAUAAUGAUAUUUUGUUGCACGAGAAAUUCGGCCAUUGCUACUUCGAAGGACCUUGCCAACCUGUGGUCUGGAACAAUUCCUCAAAAAAGACUCUGGCGUGUUGGAAACAAACAGCUCGUUGUUAAGAAUCCGGACCUAAGAAUGGUCAUCUCUUGCGGAGUCGCGUUUCACCAUGCCGGGCUUGAUAGUGAGGAUCGCCACGCCGUUGAGAUUGGAUUUCUAGAAGGGCAGAUCAGUAUCAUCUGCUCCACGUCUACUCUUGCGGUAGGGGUUAAUCUUCCUUGCCACCUGGUGAUUGUUAAAAACACAGUUUGCUGGCAAGAUGGUGGCUGCAAAGAAUAUUCAGACCUGGAAAUGAUGCAGAUGCUUGGUCGGGCAGGCCGGCCUCAAUUCGAUGACAGUGCUGUGGCCGUUAUCUUGACAAGGAAGGAGCGGGUCCAUCAUUAUGAGAAGCUUGUUUCGGGAUCAGAACAACUGGAGAGCUGUCUGCAUCUUAACCUGAUUGACCAUCUCAAUGCGGAGAUUGGACUUGGAACUGUGACUGAUAUAGAAACCGCCGUCCGAUGGCUUGGCGGGACUUUCCUCUUUGUGAGGUUGAGAAGAAACCCUACCCAUUACAAGCUCCGGGAGAAUGCAGACGGAAAAGACGAGGACGAGAUGCUACGACAGAUAUGCGAGAAGGACGUCACACUCCUUCAAGACUGCGGACUGGUCUCGUCAGAAGGCAAACUGAAGUCAACUCCAUUCGGCGAUGCGAUGGCCAGAUACUAUGUGAAGUUUGAGACGAUGAGAAUAUUUCUUUCUCUGCCACCAAAAGCCAAAAUUUCGGAAAUACUUUCUGCGAUUGCGCAAGCAGAAGAGUUCCACGAGGUCCGCCUCAAGGCCGGCGAGAAGUCGCUCUAUAAAGAGAUCAACCGUGCAAACGGAAUCAGGUUCCCAAUCAAAGUUGACGUGGCCCUAACAGCUCAUAAGAUAUCGCUGCUCAUUCAGUCCGAACUAGGGGCCGUGGAAUUUCCUCCUAACGAACAGUUCCAGAAGCACAAAUUGCCGUUUCAGCAGGACAAGACUUUGGUCUUCUCUCAUAUCAACCGUCUGAUCCGCUGUAUCAUUGACUGUCAAAUCCACUUGGAAGAUGGAAUCUCUGUGAGAAACGCGUUAGAGUUGGCACGGAGUUUUGCUGCUCGUGUCUGGGAUAACUCUCCGCUUCAGAUGAAACAGAUAGAGCAGAUCGGUAUCGUUGCCGUCAGAAAGCUUGCAGGGGCAGGAAUCACCAGUAUCGCGGCAUUGGAGGACACCGAAGCACACCGAAUUGAUAUGAUUCUGAGUAAAAACCCUCCAUUCGGAAUGAAGGUUUUGGCUAGACUCGCGGAGUUUCCCAAACUUUGUGUUACCAUCAAGAUGAUAGGAAAGGAAACAAAAUCCGGAAAGUCCGUUAAAGUAAAUUUCAGGGCCGAAGUCGGAUUCAUGAAUGAGAAACUCCCAGUCUUCUUUCAAAGGCGUCCGGUCUAUCCAUUACGUUUUGUAGGAUUUUACUAUGGUAUGCUGACAUCAACCGAUUUAGCUGGGACCGUACAAUAUGCAGAACUAAAGCCAAAGAUACCUGAGUCAUAUUUUCCGAAAGGCCUCGCGGAGAAUGCAAGCAAGUCAACGGAAAAGCCUGCAAUGAAUACUUCGAGACGGCGUAGUAAUGAUACAGCUAAGACUACAGGAAGGUCAAAGAAGGAAGACGAGAUUUUUGAUGACGAAGAUGUCCGAGAUGAAGACUUGAUUGCCGCAGCUGACAGCGUCGAUUGGCUGGUGAUCGAUGACGAAACCGCAUGCACUCGAUCAGAUAAGAGCAGCAAGCAACGGAAGCUGGGAGAGAAUACGUUCCUGAAAAAGGAGAAAGCAGAAUCUGCCGAUGACCAAGAACAGCCGGUCCUCCUUUCCAAUGGUAAAUGGGCAUGCAACCAUAAAUGCAAGGACAAAACAGCGUUCGGCAGUCUGUCAUCUCCUUCGUAUAAGAAACGCACUAACCAAACAAUUAGGUGUAAGCAUUUUUGCUGCCGAGAAGGACUGGACAAACCCCCGAAAGCGAACAAGAAACAAGCUCUUCCAGUCAAAGGCAACCAGUUGACUCUCUCUGCUAGUUUACGGAAGAAAGAAGCCACCACUUGUGACCCAGAAACUGACGAGCAACAUGCAACUGAGGAGAAUAUCGAGCUUCUUGACCUGACCCAACCAGAGUCCAGGUUCUUUCCAUCAUAUAUGGGCCGCAACAAGUCAGGCGCCAAACAUAAGACGACUACCAGUGAUUCUGCUGAAUUGAGGGCAUUUGGUAAUGCCAGGACAGAUCUGGCUAUCUCACACCAAACAUCAAUGAAACAUUCCAAGCUCUUGUCUCCGGAAAUCCAAGACGAAUCCUUACCUUCCGGUGAGAAGCCCUAUUCGAGUGACUACAGCGACAAUUGCUUGGAGGAUCUUCCAUCCCCAUCACAUUUCUUUGCGAAGUCAAUUCAUCCAAGCAGGAAUUUUCCAGGCGAAGAAGACAGUCGCAAGACCUCACAAAAAGCUGUUUCCCCUGUCCUCAAUGAAAAUCCCGAUGACAACCACAAUACCAGGCUUUCAUCAUCGCCAGAUCAUUCCAACGAUAACCAAAAGUCUUCGGCCGAAAGGAAUGCUGGUCCCGGAAAGAUUUGUGCAACCGAGAAGACCAGCUGUGAGUCAUCUUCAAUCGAGCCCAUCGAUUCGUCGUGGAAAUUUGAAGACCAGACGGCGCUAGGGUUCUCUCUAGAAUCCAGCAAUAAUGCCACAGCGGUUGAUCCACCUAAACAAGAAGAUCCUAGGCCACCUAAACGACAGGCAGAAGUACUCAAUAAAUCCGGCGACGGCAGUGAGAAUAGCAGAAAACGGACAAGAUAUGAUAAUUUCUGCGCUGGGCAUAACGAACCCGCAGAAGUCCUCGUCCUUGGUCAAAAGACAACUGAAAGACCGCCUUGCGGAGACAGGCAGAAUGAGAAUACAGCAACUGAAGAUCCAUCCCCCUGGGAGGGAAUCGACCCACUCCUUCUCGAGGAGUUCAAAGACAUUGUCAACUUUUUCUAG